AAUCAAACAGGCGAGAGUCACAAUUGGCUGGAAAAGACGUCAAUCACAAAGCUGAGGCGUUUCCAAAGCCCUAUUUUCCGGUACAGCUACCUCCCAGUUUACUGUCGCUGUUCAAGUUAAGCCUGUCUAUAAGUACCCAGACGUGACCAUCUGCAGAGACACAGGGCUUAUCCAUGCUGAUAUGACCACAGAAACAUAACAUAAAGCAAUUCUCCUAUGUGCUUGUAUAAUAAUAAUCUCAUCUCUCCUGUCGAUAAAUCACCACAGGAUUUGGUGUCAAGUGGAUCUGGAUAUACAGAGAGAAGAUGGUUCCUUAACAUAGAAACUCCCUUUAAACCCCCAGGCAUUGUCCUAUGCCAUGAAUCAAAUAAAAUGUAACAUUUGAACCACUGUUUGUAUACUACACCUGCAAUAGUUAAUUUGUCUUUUCAAAACUGUUUUACUGAAAUAUUGAUGGAUUAUAAUUGGAAAUAGGAACUAUUUAGUCUGCUAAUGAAACCGUAAUUUACAAAAUGUAUUAUUGCUAAUGUGUAAUCCAGAGUAGAGUAAUUACUGAUAAAUGCAACUAAAUAUGCUAACAAUAAUAAUAAUAACUGAACUCAGUAAUCAAUUACUUGGCUGCAACAUCUUAAAAAAACAACUACCUGAUGCUUGAGUUGUGUGCCUUUUAUAUAAUAGCAAGUAACAUUGGAGAAAAUAGCAGGAAGUCGCCUACUUCAAAUACACACAAAGGAAGAGGAUGGCCCCUGAGAUCCAGGCAGUGGUACAUGCUACCCAAGCCUGGCUGCAGUCCUCUUGGCACAUCCAUGUGCCCUUUGCCUGGCUUGAAGCCUGCGUGGAGUGGCUGCAAGAAGAGGCAGGAGGAGCAGGUCAUCUGUCACAGCAGCAAAUCAACCAACAGGCGCUGGACCAGUGGCUGUUGACAGACCUGAGGGACCUGGACUACCCUGUUCUCCCUGAAGGGCUCACUCAGGCCCAGAAGACUGAACUCAGAGGCACCUUCUGUGUCCAGGUUGACUCAUUACUGGACAUCAGUCAGCCUGCGUAUGGUCAGCUGCAGAAGUGGAGGGGCGCAGACUGUGCCAACGACGAGGUGUCUGCUGUCACACAGACCACCCAGAGGCCCUGGGAAGCCAGACAAACCCGUAUGCUACUAUUGCAGGUGACAGAUGGAGUCCAGAGCUUGGAGGCCAUGGAGUAUCAAUCUAUCCCUGCACUCAGCACAGCUCUCAGGCCUGGUGUGAAGCUGCAGUUGAAAGGGCAGAUAGUUUGCAGACUUGGGGUGCUUCUGUUAGGGCCAUCCAACAUCAAGGUUCUGGGUGGUGAGGUGGAGGACCUGGUGGACAGGAAUAACAAGGGCAGUGUGCUGUGUAGGACGCUGGGACUUCCUGAGGAACAGCAGCAGCAGGAGGGGGAGGAGGCCCCAACAGCACCACAGCAAGGUAACCAGGAAGUGGAGGACCUGGAGCUAGAUGACGCAGAGUUGUUGGCCAGUCUGGAAGCCCAGGAGGAGGUGGGAAGGGUUCAGGCUGGGCCUGUUCGAGACAGUGGCUACGGGACACUCAGUGAGACCUCCACUCAGUCCUCGAGAAACUCCUAUGUCAGGAGCCUUGUCUCGACAGCCUCAUCCAGAAGUGGUUUGACUGAGAGCAACAGAGGUGAUUCAGUCCAAGGUCAUCGCCACGGUAACGAACAAGAGGAUUCUGACCUCUUUGAUCACUUGACUCAACAAGAGAUCCCAGAUCACAACAUGGCAGACGAAGACUUUCCUGAUGAAGACUUUGACGAUCUACCCCUGGAUGAGUUGGAUGGUGUGAUCUUUCAAGAAAGUACGAAAUUUAAUGAGAGCAGUCACAGAAGCAUGCCACAGAACAACAACUGGAUAACAAGAAAUCCUAACGGAGCAACCAAACCCCAAACUGCUCCGACUGAGCAGCCCACUUUGAAUGGCUCUGGGUCACGUCUUGGUUCUAGCAACUCCAGAUCCACCACACAGAAAAGAGACUAUCAAGGCUGCUCUAGAGGAGCUACAGAGCAGUUAUUUACCCCAGCAGCUUCAGAGCCAUCACAUAAAUUAGAAUUUGUUACAAAUGAUGAGAGUGAUUUCAUGGAUGAAGAUAUAGACUGCAAGGUAGAAACUUACAGAGUGCAAACUGGGAGGACUGGAGGGCCAAAUCAGCUCCCUGUUUACCAAGGACCUAGUAGAGACAACAAAAGCGCUACCAACAAAACAGAAUUACCAGGCUCCAGUUGUAGACUUACCGGCGACUCAUCAAGGAGUAUAACAUCUCAGGGGCAAAGUUACACCUCAAGCACUGCAGAAUUUGAUAGACUAUGUGCUAAAAAAGGUCCACAGAGUGACAGCUUGGGCCCUGCUCUCUCUCUGACCUCUCCACCUUUUACAUAUUUGUGCCUGCUAGAAGAGAUGAUGUCCAAACCACACACCCACACCAAAGAGAUCUGUGUCAAAGCUUUCAUUGUGACUCUCUUGGGGAAACUGAGCAGCAACAACGGUCUUUGGCGCGUCUGCGCUACAAUAUCUGACGGAACCGGUUACCUGGACGUGGAGCUGUCCGAUGAGGUUUUGACAGGCCUGCUGGGCUUCUCAGUGGCGGAGAAGGGGGCUCUGAAGCGUGACCCAGCCCGGAGAGGUGAGCUGGACACUGGGAUGAGGAGAUGUCAGGAAGAGCUGGUGGACAUGUGUUGUGUUAUGAGGAUCGUGGUCGAACUAGAGGGCAGAAAAGCUGUGGUGACCAAGGCAGACCCUGUCAAUGAGAAAGUGGUCCAGGAGCUGGAGCAGAGGGUGAGAGACAGGCAAAAAUAAACACAGAGGAGAGGUUGAGGGGAAGUGGGUGAUGAGAAAAUUACAGGCAGCGGAGAAGUAUAUUGCCCUUAAGCAGAGAUGAAAAAUUGCCAACAAAUCUGAGGCAAAUAUAACAUUGCACAUCGGCAUUGCCUUACAAGUUUCCCCUCAUGCAAUGAAACUAAGGUAUUUCUUUAGGAUUGGCGAUCAACCUGCCACUUUGCUUCAGAUUUGGAGAGCAGAAUGUGUGAACUGGAUGUCUGGUGAUCAGCAAGCAGUGGGUUGCAAUGCAUCCCAUCUGCUGUAUGUGAAUAUGACAUUCUGUCAUAUGUCAUUAGAAGAUUUCAUUCAUCUAUUCUGUGUCACUCCCAAGCAAAGUAAACAGAUUAAAGAUGGAAAAAUGUAUCUGUACUGUAUAUUAAUGAUUGGUCAUCAACAUAUUAGUUCAGUAGUUGAGCAUCCCAAAUUGUAUGUAAAACUUUAAAACUGUGAAGAGAAGAGUGAAGCAUGUGAGAUGAUAGAAGGGAAAUGAGGGGGAGAGGAUAAUUCCUUUUCUGAUUGUUGUGAUGAAUUGCCAGCCUUUGCAUUCAUUCAGUACAUCCAUUACUUCUGACUGAAAAAUGAUUGAAUAUCCCACGGCCACGUGGGUCUCUCCCCCAGAGGAGAAUGAGAGGAACGGAAGAUAAAGGAGAGGCCAUGAGCUUUGAUUAUUUCUGUUCAUUAUAGAGCCUCAUCUAUGUCUUUGAUGAGUACAUAUACCACAGAUUUGAUACGUUGCCUGUAUUUACUGUAUAUUGAAAUAGAAAUGUUCCAGACAUUUUUUUUUUCACACUCUUUGACUAAUAAAAAAUGCGUGAAGUAAGA